UCAUUGGUCUGAAAAUCACAUGACAAGGCUUUCUGACAUCCAUAAUUAUGUUGCUGAUAUUUUUGCCCCCCCAAAAGAUGUCAGCGUCCUACUGUCCUUAUCCUUCACGGAAAAAGCUAUUUUGCAGGAAAACAAAAGGGUAGAGUGGUCCACUAGACAACAAAAAUGACAUGUCCGAACAACGUGGCAGCUGGAUCGUUUUUAAUGGAUUCUCUGGUCGGCGCUUCAUCUCCAUACAGAGGUGAGGCUUACACCGCCAACUCGGGGAUGUAUAUGCAAACGACUGCAGACUAUGGCUGCUCCGCGAUGAGAAAUUUCGGUAUUCUGAGCGCCCCUCUAUCCAAACGGGACGAGCUUCCGCCAUCUACCCUUUCCCUGGGCUCGUAUCACCAUGCGCAUUACCUGUCGCAGCGGGACGCCUGGAGCACAAAAACUUACAGGAACGGACAACCUGUUGCCCCGUCCUUGCAUCCUUGUUCCUUCACGGCAAGUAACGUCAAAGAGGAAGAAAUCCCGUGCGCAUUUCAGGCUGACACGGAUAGAUCCAAAGACUCAAACGAGCCGUCUACAUACAUUCGUCUGGGAGACAAUACCAGACAGCCGGAUCAAAGCACGGUGGCUGCGCACGACUACUUCCGCGGCGGCCAAGUGUAUUCUACCCAGGAAGGGCAACAGGGAGGUGGGUUUGAAACAGAUUUUUCCUCCGUGCCCAGAAUAACGACGCCCAACAACAGCGAGACUCCAUCCCCAGAAGAAGCUGUCAGUAGCAGCAAGUUCAAGCAGAGCAUUGCAGAUGGAGGUAUGAAAGCUGAGAAGCAUGAUGCCAAGCAAAUGCAAAACAGAAAAGAGGAUAAUGCCCCCAAGACGGACAGCUGCACGGAUGACUCCGAAAAUGAGUUCAAAGCAGAAGAGGAUCGUCUAGAGAAAACGACUGGGAAUUGGCUCAAGGCGAAGAGUGGCCGCAAGAAGAGAUGCCCAUACACGAAGCACCAGACGCUAGAGCUAGAGAAGGAGUUCUUGUUCAAUAUGUACUUGACCCGUGAGCGCCGCCUGGAGAUCAGCAAGAGUAUCAACCUGACUGACAGACAGGUCAAGAUAUGGUUCCAAAAUCGCAGAAUGAAGCUCAAGAAGCUCAAUAGGGAGAGCAGAGUUCGCGAGCUCACAGGCUAUAACUUCCAUUAAAUAGAUGUUGUACGCGUGCACACCACACACGUACACACUCAACACAGUCUCUCUCUCUCUCUCUCUCUCUCUCUCUCUCUCUCUCUCUCUCUCUCUCUCUCUCUCUCUCUCUCUCUCACACACACACACACUCACAGACACACACACACACACACACACACACACACACACUCACAGACACACACACACACACACACACACACACACACACACACACACACACACACACACACACACACACACACACACACACACAAAUCGCGUUUUCAAGCAUGUGGAUUAUGACCAGAGAGAUUGGAAGACUUGUGCGGAUUAUUCAAACUAAAAACACUUGAGUUUACACACUUCUACAGAAACAUUUACAAUGAAUGAGUUUUACAUGGCCUUGUACAAAGCUUAUCAUAAUAAUGUAUUAGUGUAAAUAACCGCCGCCGCAGUAGUAGUGUUGAUUGUGCUGGAAAGAAACGUAUAGCUUUUGUAGUGUGUGAUGCCUUGUGCGUCCUGACCUCUUGUCUUUUGGAAGCUUAUUUGUUGAACAGUGUUUGCACGAUGUAUCUUGCAUGCAUAUUGUUUUACUAUUCUGCAUUUACUAUUUGAUGGUUUAAGAAAGUAAGAUACUAGCCUACCUGCUUAAGGGGGCACAAUAAAACCAGGGGCUGGCCAAUAUAGUCUACAAGUGCUUCGAUCUUCCCCUGGAUGUCCUUUCUGACAUCACCUUAAAACAGAAAACGAGCAAGAGAAAGGAAGAGAUUGAAAAGAGGGGUGGGGGUGCCGACCUCUCCUAUAAGUGGGGAGACCCAUAACGUUUGAUUUAAAUAUUAUCCAGGUGACCACUGUAAGUCAAAGUCAUAAAAUUGUAAUGCCAAGACAGUCCUGCAAAAGCGCCGGGGGUGGAUUUAAUGAUCUGCAAAUGUAAUAUGCCGCCGCAGUAAGGAUGGCGAUGCAUUAGAAGGUGAGUGGAGUGGAGGAGGGCGUCAUCCACAUAGUAUGCUAGUAGCCCCACACUGCGAUGUGAAGGGAUUCGCCGAAGCACUGUGCAAGUACUCAUCGCCUUGAGGAAGCUACAGCAAGCCGGUGGGAGUAAUGGGAGCACUUUCGCAUCAGGAACCGGGGAUGGAUGGCUUAAUACGAGAGGAAGGGACUCUUCGAACAUGCCAAUGAUGACAGGAUGGACACCGCCAUGCAUUGUCUCCGCUCGACUUGUAAGGUAGGAACCCAGUUUGUCAUUAUUUGUCAUGACGCUCUGGCGAAAGCAUGGGGUGCUUUGGCAGCGGUUUGCAGCCAGGUACAAUGGACUCUCAGUUUCAUUGGCUCCUUCUUACCUUUUGACAAAUGCACUUAACGCGUGUCAGCAACGAGGGGUUUCCCGUGCAUUCCCCGUGCUGUGUGUGGGGGUUUGUUUACGUGAAGAUGUUUGGGGAUACCUGGUGCAUUUUACGUCCACUAUCCGCAGUGGUCCAUUUGUUUAGUGCAUUACUGCUUGCAUGCAUGUCUGCUUUCUUUAUUUUUUCAGUCCCUUGCCAGAGAUGUCUUCAUUUUCCAAAAUUGUCUGACAUUGUUGGCAGACCACAUACUAUCCUGGUGGCAACAGUGUUUUGACGGUCUGUUUGUUGAUGACUUGUGCUUGAAAGUAGACUUUGAAACCUCAUGUCACGUGUAAAUUAUGGGGAUAGAAAUGAAGCCAAGUAUUUUGUGUAAGAAACCACGAUAAGGCUUCUGCUGGCAGCGCAGUGCUUCCUGGUUUCUGAUGCGUUUGGUUUUGGUCCUCUUCGCUGGAUUCGAAGUCUCGCGCAGCUGAUGCGUGGUUUAGGUAGUUUCAUGUUGUUGGGAUUGGCAUCUUGGCUCGGCAACAAGAAACUGCCUUGAUUACGUCAGUUCGUCUUCAUCAAGGGCGACAAUUGCCGUUAAAUUACACCAUUGAAAUCCUCGCAAAUGGCUUUGUGAAUGAACUGCACAGUUACAGCCGCGACAGGCUUCCUUCGCAGCUUUGAGCCGUUUAUGUUGGUGGUUGUAAACCGAGGAAGGUUCGCCGGGAAAGAAUGGGUUGUAAACAUUCAGGGGUAAACUUCGUCCGCACCAAACACUUGGGCCUAGAUGUCGUCUGAGAGCGAGAUCAUGGAAGGCAUAGAUAGAUAGAUAGAUAGAUAGAUAGAUAGAUAGAUAGAUAGAUAGAUAGAUAGAUAGAUAGAUAGAUAGAUAGAUAGAUAGAUAGAUAGAUAGAUAGAUAGAUAGAUAGAUAGAUAAAUAGGAAGGAAGGAGGGGUUGGAGCUGAAUAUAGUGACAGGCUACUCUUAUUGCUAUACACUAUGGAAAUAUUUGGACACAAAUGGAGCCACCGUCACGUAAAGUCCUGUUGAUAUGGGUAAGAUAUGGAUUCAUUUCAGCCUAAUAUUCGGCAGUUAUAUCUUUCUAUGCGAUGUAAAGGGAUGUGCAGUUUGCUCUGAUUUGGGGUUACAGGCUAGUG